CGCACGGGCGGAGGGGAGGCUCGGGGACGGGCGCCCACGGAGCGGGGUGCGGGCACCGGUGUGCGUGUCCGUGUGCGGGUAUUCCCGGGGGAGUGGGAGGCGUGCGGCCCCAGGAGCCGGACGGGGCGGCCGCGCAGGGCCGGUACCGAGGGCGGUGCCUCCCUGCGGGGCGGGCGGAGAGGAGCGAGCACCGCCUCCCCGGGGCCGCGGGGCGGGCCGGGCCUCCCGCUCGGGCCUUGCGUGCUCGGGCCUGGCCGCGCCGGGAGAAGCGGCGAUGGAGGCGGCGGGCGGCGGCGGAGCGGCGGGCAGCAUCGCCCUGCACGACUUCAGCGGGCAGCUGGGCGAGCAGCGGGUGCACUUCCACGCCAUGCGGCUGCGGGACUCGCUCUUCCUCUGGGUGGGCGCCGCGCCCGCCCUGGCCAGCCUGGCCGUCGCCAUGUGCAGCCCCCGUGACAGCAUCCCGGUGGCCGCCUCGCUCCUGGGGGACCCCUCGGACACCGCCUCCUCCUGCCUGGCGCAGCGCUUGGCAAGACCAAAAAGCAGAUAUUUGUCAGCUACAAUCUUCAAAACACAGACAGCAAUUUCACCUUACUCAUAGAAAACAGGAUCAAAGAAGAAAUGACAGCUUUUCCAGACAAGUUCUGAUUGUGCAUCAUUGUAAAAGAAGAUGAAGGUUUUGUUUCAGAAAAACUUACUGCAAUUUUCACACUGACAUUAAGUUAGUAUAUUUCUUUUGUAUUGUUUUGAUUGAAUUUGUGGUUGUUAUUAAAUAUAGAUACACUUGA